GCCAUCUGUUGACAAAAAAAAACAUGAAAAAAUAUUCUAACUCAAAAACCAUGCUUUCUAUGGCAACAACAUGUCCAUUCGUUUUUUUGGUUUGUUUUCAUUUUUAAUUUUCAUUUCAGUUGUUUUUAAUCACCGAAAUUAAUCAUCGAUAACAAAAUAAUGACUACUACUAAUAAUAAUCCAGCAUUCGCGUUUGUGGUGAAUUCAAUAUUGAAUAAGAAUAAAAAUUCAAAAAUUUUAUCAAAAGCAAAAAAAGAACAAAAUGUAUUGUCAUAUGAAAAUAACGAACAAACGAUUGCCGAUGAAAUUGAUUUUGUCGAUUCUCAAGGUAAAUCACUAGCUAAUAAUAAUAAUAAUGGUGAUGAUGAUGAUAAAAUCAAAGAACAAAAGCAUUGGCGACAAACGAAAAAUAAUACAAUUCAACGUAAAAAUAUUGAUCAACAAAACAUUCGAACAUGGUUGUCGAAAUCAGUGGAUGAAAAUCGUGAAAAAGAAAAAAAUUUAACAUUGAUUGCCACUAAAGGUGUCGUUCAAUUGUUCAAUGUUGUUCGUGAGAAACAGAAAAUUCUUAAACAUAAACUAAACGAAGCUGGUGGUUCGGAAAGUAAACGAACGAAAAUUCUUACAGAAUUCAGUGAAAAAGAGAUGCAAGAUGAACGAAUUAAAACUAGUUUAAAGAAACCAAGAAACAAAAAGAAUUUGAAUUCAAACAAGAAAAAAUGGCCCGUAUUAACCGAAGAUUUCAUGACCGGAGCCAGGCUCAAAGAUUGGAAUGAAGAAAGUGAUAAUGACUAAUCAAAUGGGCUUGUGGUCAACUUAUUUUUAAUUUUUUUUUUUUGAACAAAAUUUCAAUUGCAAUUGUAAAAAAAAAAAAAAAUUUUAAUUUUGAUUUCAAUUUGUUUGUUGGGAAGUUUUGCCGAAAAAUCUUUCGAUAAUCAAAACGAAAAACUUUAUAGAAAAAUUCUGCUGGCUAGGUCAUUUUGUGUGGUAGGUUUUUUAUUCAUCUGAUUCGCGGAUGUUUAUCAUAUGGAAUCAUCAGUAAAAAUACAGCAAAGUUUUCUACAAAAAUCUUUGCAUCAAUUAUAUCGUCAUCGUUUUCUUGUGACCAUACCGCCAUUUUUUUUCUAUUGUAUUUAUUGUGAUUAUACUCGUACACAGGAAUAUAAACGAAAGAAAUUACAAAACUAAAAAUAAUUAUUAUGGCUGGCGGUCCAGUGUUCUAUAAAGAAUCACGACGUAUAUUUCCAAAAUUAUGGCAACGACAUUUAUUCGUUGGUACGACCCUAUUUAUUGUUUGCCAUAUUGGAUGGAAAUAUCAUAUACUUGGUAUAGAACGUUAUGAUACAUUCAAAGGACGUACAGCUCUUUAUGGUCCAGAAAGCAUUGAAGGUGGAAUGCAAAAAUGAAUUGAUUUAUCAAAUUAAAUAUUUUCAUGAAUUUAAAUAAUUAUUACAAUUACAAUAGCUUGUCUAGUAAAGUCUGUGAAUCUGAAUAAAUGAUAAUUUUUUGAUUUCAAA